AGGUGACUGAUUGCUUUCUUAGCACUGAAUUUAUUUGAUAGUUUGCCUUUUCUUUUUAGGGUGCAAAAAUGCAGAGCAAUAAAACUUUUAGUUUGGAGAAGCAAAACCAUACUCCAAGAAAGCAUCAUCAGCAUCACCACCAGCAGCAGCACCACCAGCAGCAACAGCAGCAGCCACCACCACCGCCAAUACCUGCAAAUGGGCAGCAGACCAGCAGCCAAAAUGAAGGCUUGACUAUUGACCUGAAGAAUUUUAGGAAACCAGGAGAGAAGACCUUUACCCAACGAAGCCGUCUCUUUGUGGGAAAUCUUCCUCCUGACAUCACUGAGGAGGAAAUGAGGAAACUAUUUGAGAAAUAUGGGAAGGCAGGCGAAGUUUUCAUUCAUAAGGAUAAAGGAUUUGGCUUUAUCCGCUUGGAAACACGAACCCUAGCGGAGAUUGCUAAAGUGGAGCUGGACAAUAUGCCACUCCGUGGAAAGCAACUGCGUGUACGCUUUGCCUGCCAUAGUGCAUCCCUUACGGUCCGAAACCUCCCUCAGUAUGUGUCCAACGAACUACUGGAAGAAGCCUUUUCUGUAUUUGGCCAGGUGGAGAGGGCUGUAGUCAUUGUGGAUGAUCGAGGAAGGCCCUCAGGAAAAGGCAUUGUUGAGUUCUCAGGGAAGCCAGCCGCUCGGAAAGCUUUGGACAGAUGCAGUGAAGGCUCCUUUCUGCUAACCACUUUUCCUCGUCCUGUGACUGUGGAACCCAUGGACCAGUUAGAUGACGAAGAGGGACUUCCAGAGAAGCUGGUUAUAAAGAACCAGCAAUUUCACAAGGAGCGAGAGCAGCCACCGAGAUUUGCACAGCCUGGCUCCUUUGAGUAUGAGUAUGCCAUGCGCUGGAAGGCACUCAUUGAGAUGGAGAAGCAGCAGCAGGACCAAGUGGACCGCAACAUCAAGGAGGCUCGUGAAAAGCUGGAGAUGGAGAUGGAGGCUGCUCGCCAUGAGCAUCAGGUCAUGCUAAUGAGACAGGAUUUGAUGAGGCGCCAAGAAGAACUUCGGAGGAUGGAAGAGCUGCACAACCAAGAGGUGCAAAAACGAAAGCAACUGGAGCUCAGGCAGGAGGAGGAGCGCAGGCGCCGGGAGGAAGAGAUGCGGCGACAACAAGAAGAAAUGAUGCGGCGACAGCAGGAAGGAUUCAAGGGAACCUUCCCUGAUGCGAGAGAGCAGGAGAUACGGAUGGGCCAGAUGGCUAUGGGAGGUGCUAUGGGCAUAAACAACAGAGGUGCCAUGCCCCCUGCUCCUGUGCCAACUGGUACCCCAGCUCCUCCAGGACCUGCCACUAUGAUGCCGGAUGGAACCUUGGGAUUGACCCCACCAACAACUGAACGCUUUGGCCAAGCUGCUACAAUGGAAGGAAUUGGGGCAAUUGGUGGAACUCCUCCUGCAUUCAACCGUGCAGCCCCUGGAGCUGAAUUUGCUCCAAACAAACGUCGCCGAUACUAAUAAAGUUGCAGUGUCUAGUUUCUCAAAACCUUAAAA